AAACCAAUUACACCUGCGAAACCGAUGGUUAUUGUUUCGCUAGUACGAGCCUGAAAAACCACGUCAUUACGUAUGCUCGGAGGUGCGUGCUUAAACACCUGCCGCCGUCGCAGCCCGAGCCGCGCAUCUUCUGCAUGACGAGCGACUCGCGAAACACGACCUUCGUCAUCGAAUGCUGCAACAAAGAGGAUUUUUGCAAUCGGGAUCUCAAACCUCUGCUACAUCCUAGCAACAAUGAAGUAUCGUCGAGCGGCGAUGACGCAACGUGGGUUACCUGGAAAAUGGCCUUGACGAUAGCACUACCAAUAUGCGCGAUAUGCGUGGUCGUAAUGGCAAUCUAUCACGUACACAUGACCAAAAAGAGGCCGGCUAGGCACUUUCCGGACGACUCGCUGGAGGCUCCGGACCGACCAAUUCUGGGCGGCGUCACUAUCAGGGAUAUGUUGGAGAUGACUACGAGUGGCAGCGGCUCAGUAGGCCUGCCACUUCUGGUACAACGGAGUAUAGCGCGUCAGAUUCAGCUGGUGGAAACGAUCGGAAAAGGCCGCUUCGGCGAGGUCUGGCGCGGUCGUUGGCGCGGCGAAAACGUUGCCGUGAAGAUCUUCAGCUCGCGAGAAGAGAGAUCCUGGUUCAGAGAAGCUGAAAUCUAUCAGACGGUGAUGCUGAGGCAUGACAAUAUCCUAGGUUUUAUCGCUGCCGAUAACAAAGAUAACGGCACGUGGACUCAGCUGUGGCUGAUAACGGACUAUCAUGAGAAGGGUUCGCUCUUCGAUUACCUCAACAGAUCAACCGUCGACACGAACGGUAUGAUAAGGAUGGCCUUGUCGAUCGCCACUGGCUUGGCGCAUCUUCACAUGGAAAUAGUCGGCACGCAAGGCAAACCGGCCAUCGCUCAUCGGGACCUGAAGUCAAAAAAUAUCCUCGUGAAGACUAAUGGUACCUGCGCCAUAGGCGACCUCGGAUUGGCCGCCAGGCACGACGUAAUCACGGAUACCGUCGACAUUCAGCUCAACAACAGAGUCGGCACAAAGAGAUACAUGGCGCCUGAGGUUCUUGAAGAGACGAUCAACAUGAACCACUUCGACUCGUUCAAGAGGGCCGAUGUGUACGCACUCGGUUUGAUCCUCUGGGAGAUCGCUAGACGUUGCAAUGUUGGCGGGAUUCAUGACGAGUAUCAGCUGCCCUUUUACGACUUGGUGCCUUCCGAUCCAACUAUCGAGGAAAUGCGGAAAGUCGUGUGCACUGAUCGACAGCGGCCGUCGAUACCGAAUCGAUGGCAGUCGAUCGAAGCUCUACAAGUGAUGUCGAAAGUAAUGAAGGAAUGUUGGUAUCAUAAUGCCGCCGCCAGGCUAACCGCACUCAGGAUCAAGAAAUCGCUCGCUAAUUACGGCGCUAUAGACGACCUGAAAUAGAUUAAGCGUUUUUGACGGAGCUCUUCGAUGGAAAAACUACAAAAAAUCGAUUUGUUCAUAUAGGCGAACGUCGCUGUCUUGAAAUUCGAUGCGAUAGAGCUUCCGGCGGGGAAAUAUUCCGAUACGUCAAGAAGAAUCGGAAACAGACUGGCUGGAGUUAUGAGAUUCUUCCUUAUGCGAGACCGUCGAGUAAAUUACUGUAUGAAUAGAAUUGGUAUCGCUUUGGAGAAUCGCGAGCAGAGAAAUAGAAUGGGUUUUUAAGCCUGUUGAUCGUUUCGAACGAUCGGUAGCGCUCGAGCUGCAGGAAGAAACCUUAUUUCAGUCCCGAUAUAUCGCGGCCUGAUGAUCGGUCACUCUGUUGAAUGGGUCAACAGGCAAUCGCAAUACGCGUUCGGUUAAUCGAACGAUCGCUCAAUUACGCGCCACACACAUCGACACACGCAGACACUGACACGUAAAAAACACACUGCUGUAUAUUUAUUACGAUAAUACUAAGAUAAUAAAAUAUACAAAUUUAUUAUAUAGCAACAUUUAUUGAUUAAUGCUAAUGAGUAACGGUACUCGCAUAUACACACAUAUAUAAUUAUAUAUUAUAUAUAUAUAUAUAUAUAUAUAUAUAUUAUAUAUAUAUAUCUCCCCGUUAUCUCUCUUGGAAUAAUCGAUUCGAUUAACCGAACUAUAUAUUGUUUGGACGAUCUUAUAAACAAGUUACCUCAGUGAAACGAUCAUUGUGCUCGCGUAAAUAUGCCGAUUCGUCGGGAGCAAUCGGGAUGUUGCGCAAGAUUUAAACGUAUCAAUUCAGCUCCGACUGGACGUGUCGGCAGAUCAUAUGCGAAGAAAGCCACACAUUUUUUAUCUCCGAAGAUUCACCGUAAAGAUUCGCUAUUUUAUUUUUGCGUGCAGAAAUUAGAGUCACAUUUGGAGUCUAAGUACCAUACAUCAUGUUACAUAAAAGAAAUGCAUGUCUUUUGAUUUCUUUUUCCGAAAAAAGUGCCGAGUUUGUCGAUAAAAAUGCUUAUACAGGGUAGAUAGGAAAACCGGACAUUCGAUUGACAGCAAUUGACGAUGUCCAAUAGAGGCGGAUAAUUUGAAUAAGGUGGAUCUUAUCGUCGGAAACGAGAAAUCCUCUAGUGAGUGCUUAUGCAUAUUCACUGACGAAAUUCACUGACGGAACUGUUAAGAAGAAUGCUGACCCUCCCUCCCGUGCAUGAGGUGUCGUGAAACUUUAGUACAUUGUCCGGUUUUAUUUGUCGACCCUAUACGUAUACUCUUAGUAUAGUAGAUACAUACGAAUGUUUUGCUCAAGACGAAUAUUUUUGCGUAAUCAUACGGAAAGUGAGCGCGAUACACAAUGGAACGGCGAAGCUUUCGAAGUGUGUUUCCUUUGUAAUGCAGGAAGGCUGAAAUUGAAGGAUAUUAAGCUCAAAAGCAUGCGUGUAUCGUGGCAUGAAAGAAACAUGAGAGUAUGAGAAGCGUGUGAGAAUGAGACUAGAAUUGAACUAAAACUGGUACAAGAAGAAGAGGAAAGAGUGGAAAACAAAUUUGAUG